AUGAAUAACUCAGUAGUUUCAGACAACAGUUUUAUUAUUGAAAGUGAGGAAGAAGAUGAUAAGGAUUUUAACGAUGGAAAUGAUUCUGAUUCUUCUAAUUACUCAAAUGAAAAUCCACCACAAAGGAAACCAAGUUCUUAUAACCCUUCAUGGCCUCAGAGUUACAGGCAAUCAAUUGAUCUAUACAGUAGUGUACCAUCCCCCAAUAUUGGAUUUCUGGGAACUACAUCAUUUUCAAGAUUAAGCAGUUCCUUCCUUUCUACAUCUCUAACAAGGAGGCACACUCCGGAAGCACUUCCUUCUGUCACAAAGCCUCUGAUACAGCAACAGAUAGAAGAUGAGCCGCAACAAAGACGUAGCUCUCAUGCCUUGCUUCCACCUUCUGCCAAAAGGUCUUCUAUGCUUAAGAAAGACUCUAAGGUUUCUCAUGAAGUUCCUUCUGGCCAUUGCUCGUUCGGACAGGCUGUGCUUAAUGGCAUAAAUGUUCUUUGUGGAGUAGGAAUCCUUUCAACCCCUUAUGCUGCUAAAGAAGGUGGAUGGGUAGGACUUUCCAUCUUGUUCAUUUUCGGUAUUCUUUCCUUUUAUACCGGAUUGCUCUUGCGUUCUUGCUUGGACAGUGAGCCUGGUCUUGAGACAUAUCCUGACAUUGGCCAAGCUGCUUUUGGUACUGCCGGACGUAUUGCCAUUUCAAUAGUAUUAUACGUGGAGUUAUAUGGCUGUUGCAUUGAGUAUAUAAUUUUGGAAGGCGACAACUUGGCUUCGUUGUUUCCAAACGCAUACUUAAAUUUAGGUGUAAUUGAGUUGAAUCCGAAAACACUCUUUGCUGUGAUUGCCACCUUGGCUGUUCUUCCUACCGUUUGGCUCCGCGACCUUAGCAUUCUUAGUUACAUUUCAGCUGGUGGAGUUAUUGCAUCCGUUUUAGUAGUUCUGUGCUUGUUAUGGGUCGGGGUUGAAGACGUUGGCUUUCAACGCUCAGGGACAACGCUCAAUCUUGCAACUCUACCUGUUGCUAUCGGUCUUUAUGGCUACUGUUAUUCUGGACAUGCUGUGUUCCCAAACAUUUACACAUCCAUGGCAAAUCGAAACCAAUUCCCUGCAGUACUAGUAGCAUGUUUCGGAGUUUGUAGCUUACUGUAUGCUGGAGGCGCUGUUAUGGGAUACCGAAUGUUUGGAGAAGAUACACUCUCUCAAUUCACUCUUAACCUGCCACAAGAUUUGGUUGCAACCAAGAUUGCUGUCUGGACUACGGUGGUUAAUCCAUUUACCAAGUAUGCAUUGACUAUAUCUCCGGUGGCGAUGAGUCUUGAAGAGUUGAUCCCAUCAAACCAUUCCAAGUCUUACCUGUUUUCCAUUUUCAUCAGAACAGGCCUUGUAUUUUCCACCCUUGUUAUUGGUCUCUCGGUUCCCUUUUUCGGUUUGGUAAUGUCGUUGAUUGGAUCCUUACUUACAAUGCUUGUAACUUUGAUACUACCAUGUGUUUGCUACCUAAGAAUCUUGCGAGGCAAAGUCACGCGAUUACAGUCAGGACUUUGCAUUUCGGUUAUUAUAGUAGGUGUUGUGUGUUCGUCGAUUGGAACGUACUCAGCGCUCGCGGAGAUUGUUAAGAGUUUGAGUGGAUGA